AUGGGCUAUUGAGCGCAAGGAAGGAAAUGCUUCCGGAAAGACCCUUCUUGAAGCUCUUGACGCUAUCGUUCCACCAGCUCGCCCAACUGACAAGGCUCUCCGUCUUCCACUCCAAGACGUAUACAAGAUCGGAGGUAUCGGAACUGUCCCAGUCGGACGUGUCGAAACCGGAGUUAUCAAGCCAGGAAUGGUUGUUACUUUCGCCCCACAAAACGUUUCCACUGAAGUCAAGUCCGUUGAAAUGCAUCACGAAUCUCUCCCAGAGGCCGUCCCAGGAGACAACGUUGGAUUCAACGUCAAGAACGUCUCCGUUAAGGACAUCCGUCGUGGAUCCGUCUGCUCUGACUCCAAGAACGACCCAGCCCAAGAAGCUCGUACCUUCAACGCUCAGGUCAUCAUCAUGAACCACCCCGGACAAAUCGCCGCUGGAUACACCCCAGUUCUCGAUUGCCACACCGCUCACAUCGCCUGCAAGUUCGCUGAACUUAAGGAGAAGGUA